AUGGCAAAAUCAUAUGAUAGACAGGAGUCAAUUAUAUCACCUCUACCUAGUGAUUGUCAUUCUGAUAAGAGUCCAUUAAAAGAAAGUUUAGUUGACCUACCAUUAGAACAAGAAAGAGCAUCAAAUUUAAGAAAACUUUCAAAAGUUGGUUUUAAAGCAAGUAUUGUUGGAAAGUUAUUUUUUACCAAAAAUAGUAAACCUUUACAAAAUUCUCAGGAAGUAAUACAAGAACAGGAAGAUAAAAGUGUUGAUAAUAAUAUUAUCCUUCCAACAACUUCCCUCCAACAUCCAUCAUUAGAUAGGAGAAAAGUUUCUAUAUUUAGUGUUGAACCAAAUAGUAGUGAAGGAAAAUUUUUAGAAAAUUAUAAAAAAAAUAAAAGAUUUUCUAUUGCAACUGCUAUAGAUUUACCAUUAGAUUCUAAAGUUUUGAAGACUAUUGAAGACGAGACACUUUUUACAUCAGAAGAAGAUUCUGAAGACGAGGGUAUUGAAAAAGAAGUUUUAUCAAGAGUGCCAAAAAAUAUAGGUAAUACCUCACCAUUGCAUGGAAGUGUUAAAAAAACCAUCCUACGUCGUAAUACAAUAUUUGCUUUUGAUAAUUUAAGAAGAGGAAGUAACGAUAAUAGUACUGUUAUAGAGGAAGAAGAGGAGGGUGAAAAUAUUCAGGAGAAUUCGGGACGUAAAUAUUCUGGUAUAUUAAGAAGAAGAUCAACAUAUGAUAAAGUAACAAUGCGUAAAACUAUUAGAAUUGUAAUUCUUGGUGCUAAAAGAUGUGGUAAAACUUCUUUCAUUCAACAGUUAGUUUAUGGUAUAUCUCCAAAAAAUGAUGAAUAUACAGAGACAAUAGAAGAUAUCUAUCAUUUACAAAUAGAGUCACCUGAAAGAGGUAGAGAAUGGUACAUAUUAUAUGACACGACAGGUAUAGCUGAUGCUAUUAUUUUAAUGUAUUCGGUGAAAGAUUAUGAAUCUUUUAAUAAAAUGGAUAUUUUAAAAAAAAAUAUUGAUAAAUAUUUAGGUAAAGAACGUCAAAAUGUACCAAUAAUAGUUGUUGGUACAAUGUGUGAUUUAAGUGGAAGAAAAGUUGAUACAGAAUUUUCGGCAACAUGGGCUAACAAAGAACGAGUAAAACUUUUUGAAGUAUCUAAUUUAGAUAGGAAACAAUUAUUAGAAAUCAUCCAACAUAUCGGUUCAAUAAAUAAUCAUUCACAUAAAGAGUCAAAAUUUUCAUUUUCAAAAAAAUUAAAACCCGAAAAAAGUUCAGCGGCAAUUUUAAUGGAUAUAUAA